UUUAAAGUCAGAUUAGAUGUAUAUUUUGAGUAAACUAAAAAUUGAAACUGAAAGCAGUUUUGGGAUUACCCACAUGAUGUCGUACUAAAAACAACAAACACACGAAAACAUCCCGAUGAACCUGAUCUGCAUAACGCUCAAUUUUGUGACGUAGUGAGCAGAUCUGGAAGGUGGGAUGAAAUCUGGGUUGAAAGUUCAAAGUUCACAGACCUAGUCUGCCGGAUACUGGGAGACACGCAACUAAAGCCAGGACGUAGUAUUUCGUCAAACAUUGUAAUGAACGAAGAUCUAUUGAAAUUAUUAAGCAGGGACACCUAUGGCUUUCCUAGCAACACUUCCGUGUAUGACGUAGAUGGGCGUGAACUCAGGCUGCUGUCAUUGGAUGAAAAACUUGUUGCCCCUUUCGGCGAGAACAGCUACAGGAAAGUAAGGGACGUUACUCUGAGGGACGAUGACGUCAUGCUGAUUGGUUAUCCCAAAACAGGCUGCCAUUGGGCCUGGGAAAUCCUCAGUAUGAUGGUGAAAAAAUGUGCCGUGCCGUCAAAAUUUGGUAAAGUCACGGCGUUUUUAGAAGCCUCGCCCAUGAAUCUUCUAGAAAACACGCCCAGCCCCAGGGUGUUGAACUCACACCUGUGGUGGGACUACCUGCCCAGACAGCUGACGGAAAAGAAGACGAAGAUAGUCCUGACCUACAGGAACCCAAAAGACACAGCCGUCUCCUACUACCACCAUAUCGUGUCGUUAUUCGACCUGUACAAAUAUGACGGCACCUUCAAGAGUUGGUUCCCUUUAUACAUGGAGGGGCAAAUCGACUACGAAUCUUACUUCGACUAUUAUCUAGAAUGGGACCACGUGAUCAAAUCUCACCCAGACCAUCCCAUACUGGUGGUGUCUUAUGAGGACAUGAAGCAGGACCUGCCCACGGUGAUGAAGCGGAUGUCAGCCUUCCUUGACCUUGACCUUGAUGACCAGCUUCUGGCGGAGAUAGCCAAGGCCGCAGGGUCUGAUGCUAUGAAGACGACCUAUAACCAGAGCCAAUCCUUGUCCAAAGCGCUCAUGAGAAAAGGUCAAGUCGGGGACUGGAAAAACUGUCUCACUGUCGCCCAAAGCGAGGCUGUAGAUAAGGCAAUGAAAAACUUGGAAGGGACACUUUUCUCAGAACAAAACCAAAAAUAUACUUUAUAAAUAACAAAAUAAAG